AUGGAGGAAGGGUUCACGAAGGUUGACAAUAAAAGUCCACUUCUGAAGGAUGCAACCAAAUACAGGAGUCUAGUUGGAGCUUUGUUGUACAUUGCGGUAUGUGCCAGACCGGACAUAGCAGUGAGCGCAUCGAUACUCGGAAGGAAUGUUAGUGCACCACGAGAGGACAAUUGGGUAGCGGCCAAACGUGUGGCCCGUUAUUUAAAGACAACGAAACACUUGCACUUACAGUACGGAAAUACGACCGGAAAACUAAUCAGGUAUUCCGAUGCGGACUGGGCUCAUGAUAACAAAACCCGGAAGUCAACAACCGGAAAUAUUUUUUUGUAUACUGGUGCAGCGAUAUCUUGGGUAAGUCGUCUACAAGGUUGCGUAACUUUGUCAUUCAUGGAGUCUGAGUACGUUGCUCUGAGCGAGGCCAUUCAAGAGGCAGUUUGGCUUCGAAAGCUGCUUGAAGACUUUGGCGAACCACAGAUAGAUCCUGUUAUAAUAUUUGAGGGCAACCAAAGCUGCAUUAAGUUCGUUGGAUCAAAAAGAAUCAGUCGGCGAUCGAAGCACAUAGAAACCAGGAAAUAUUUCGUGAAGCAAUUGUGCGACGACAGUGUGCUGAAACUGGUCUACUGUCCUGCUGAGGAGAUGGUAGCUGAUGCACUUACCAAACUGCUGGGUAGGAUCAAGUUGUAA